UUUUUUCUCAAUUUUCUCUUGUUUUGUUUUAUUUGAUUAAUAAAAAUCUUGAAUAAACAGCAGAAGAAAUGAAUCCAACUUCUUCAAACAUUUAACUAGAGUUUUAGAAAAUAAAGUCAAUAAAACAUAAUAGUGUGAAAGGGGGGAGGCUUAGGAAUGGACUGGUCUGCCGAGUCACAUUUAAAUUUGGUCAAACAGAGUCACAUUUGACGGACACGGAUAUGGAUAAAAAAUUAUUUUCAUAAUAUUAAAUGAAUUAAAUUAUUCGUAUUUUUAAUAUAAGCAAUCUGUUGAUAAUGACGAGUGGAAGUAGUUGGAGCAGAGCACAUUCAUCGUUUCAUAUGAAUAAUGUGUGAACUGUGGGCAUAAUGCGAACGCGUGAGUCUAUAUAAGGCUAUCCCGACUCUCUUGACCUCCAUCGCCGCCACCACCAGAAACACUCUUGAAUGUCUUCAACGAUAACCAUGGCAAUUACACAGCCAACAGUUUCAUCUUUUACUUCCUCAUUUGCUUAUCGCAGUUCGCAACCGUUGAUGAAUCAACUGCGCAACCUAUCCUGCAAAACAUCAACACCAUCCAUCAUGCAAUUAUCCAUCAACUCCAUAGCUCUUCCUCAAAAGGAGCCUACUCAAACUAUUCCUACGAUGACAAGUUUGGAGCAACUCAAAAUAAAAAGCCAAGAGGUAUUACUAGACUCAAGUGAUUCAUUGAGAACAUUGAAGUUGAUUGACACCAUCCAAAGGCUAGGAAUUGACCACCAUUUCGAAGAAGAGAUCAACNUACANCUUGGAAGACUGGGAGAUUGUAACAAUGCUCAAGACCUCUUUGCCACGGCUCUUCAAUUUCGCUUGCUAAGACAUAAUGGCUGCUCUACAUCUUCAGAUGUUUUCAAUAAAUUUCUGGACAAGAGUGGGAAUUUCAAGGAAUCGGCCACCAGAGACGUUUGGGGCAUGUUAAGUUUGCAUGAGGCAUCAUAUUUAGGUGCAAAAGGUGAAGAAGUACUACAACAUGCCAUGGAGUGCUCAAGGGCUCACCUGCAUCAGUCACUACCACACUUAAGUCCUGAAGUAGGAAGAGUAGUUGUUGAAGCGUUAAAAUAUCCAAGACAUCAAAGAAUGGCAAGGUUGGAAGCAAAAAAUUACAUGGUACAAUAUAGCAAAGAAAGUAACCAAAUUCCUGCUCUUCUAGAAUUGGCAAGGCUAGACUAUGACAUGGUUCAGUCGAUACACCAGAAAGAAUUAGCAGAGAUCUCAAGGUGGUGGAAAGACCUGGGACUCAUCGAAAGACUUGGUUUUGGAAGAGAUGGACCAAGAGAGUGCUUCCUAUGGUCGUUGGGAUGGAUAGACUUACUAGAAGCUUAUCUAAAAGAAGCUAAAUGGUUCAACAACAAAUAUGUUCCUACUUUUAAGGAAUAUUUGGAUAAUGGGGUGAUUUCUUCAGGAUCAUGCUUGGCCUUAGUACAUGCAACUGUCCUCAUUGGGGAAAACCUCUCAAGAGAAACCAUUUCCUUGAUGAGUCCAUAUCCAAGACUCUUCACUUGUUCUGGAGAAAUUCUUAGGCUUUGGGACGACUUAGGAACCUCAAAGGAGGAACAAGAAAGAGGUGAUAAUGCAUGUAGCAUACAAUGUCUCAUGAAAGAAAAUGGUAUUUUAGAUGAAAGUUUUGCUAGAAAGCGUAUAAGACAACUCCUGGUAAACUUAUGGCCUGAGCUAAAUGGUCUUGCUAUGGCUAAUACCACUCUACCUUCUGCUGUUACCAAGGCUUCUUUCAACAUGGCUAGAACUUCUCAGUUUAUUUAUCAACAUGGCGAUGAUCAACAAAUGCCUACAGUUGAUGAUCUAGUACAGGCAUUAUUGUUUACACCUUCUGACAAAUAUAAGGAAGAAAGUGAUAUCACUUGUGUUGUAUGA